AUCAGCAGGAAGCUCGUCCCUCUCGGUUCGGAGCGUCACUUCCUGUUUGGUCACUUCCUGUUCGGUCUCAGUUCUGGUCGGGAUGGGUUCUGCGGUGGAACGGACAGACAAACACGUCCGGGAGUAUUUGCUGUACCGAGGCUUCACCAACACUCUGAAGCAGCUGGACAGCGACAUCAAGGCAGACAAGGAGAAAGGCUUCCGGGUGGACCGGAUCAUUGAGCAGCUGCAGCAGCUGGUGCAGAACUUCGACCUGGCCGGGCUGAAGGAGUACUGGCUGUAUCUGGACCGGCGCCUGUUCUGCCGGCUGGAGGACGUGUACCGGUCCACCGUCAACAAGCUGAGAACCAGCCUGUACCGCUACUACGUCAUCAACACCGUCCAGAAAGGAAACCUGGAGAAGACGCAGGAGUUCUUCCAGAAGCAGGCGUUGGAGCUGCAGGGUCAGGCCGAGUGGCGCGACUGGUUCAUCCUGCCCUUCAUCCCGACCCCGGACCAGAACCCGGCCUUCGGGCCGUACUUCUCCCGCCAGUGGGCCGACACCUUCCUGGUGUCGCUGCACAACUUCCUGUCAGUCCUGUUCCAGUGCAUGCCUCAGCCGGUUCUGCUGAGCUUCGACUCCGAGGUCCAGAGGAUGACCAGUCUGGCUGAGGAGAACGAACAGCUCCGCCAAGUGCUGUUCGCCCUGCAGACCGAGAGCCGGGACCAGAAGGACGGAGACGAGGCGGUGCAGCACAAGCUGCCGCCGUACGUCCAGAACAUGGACCGGCUGGGAGACACUGAGCUGGACUUGGUGUCGAGUCAGCGAGUCGUCAGCGCCGCCGCCACGCCCUCCAGGAACUUCUUCUCCACGCUGCUGCCACAGGCCAAACGGGCCCCCAUGAAGGCGCCGCCGCCCAGCUCAGGGUCCCCGAACCAGGUGGUGCUGGGCAAGAAGGAGCUGCCAGCCAAUCAGGCUGUAAAGUGUAAAGACUCGUUCCAGUCCAAGGAGGUGAAAGUCGCCUCCAGCCAGUCGUCGUCCAGCGAGGCUCCCAGUUCCCAGCCUCCGAACCAGAACAGCCGACACAGGAGGAUCCAGGAGCACGAGAAGGAGAGGAAGGAGCUUUUCUCCAGGCCGUCCCCUCAGGCUGCGGAGAGCAGAGCGGACGACGUGGACGCGAUGGCAGCGAGGAGCGCGAUGGAGCCGGCGGAGGACGGAGGCCUGCAGGUGGAGCAGCCCUUCAUCAAACUGAGCCAGGAGGAAUACGGCGAGCAUCACUCCUCCAUCAUGCACUGCAGGGUGGACAGCUCCGGGCGCCGGGUUGCCAGUUUGGACGUAGACGGCGUCAUAAAGGUUUGGUCCUUCAACCCCAUGAUGCAGACCAAAGCCACCAUCAUGUCCAAGUCUCCUCUCCUGUCCCUGGAGUGGGCCACCAAACCAGACAGACUGUUGUUGUUAGGCAGCGGCGUUGGGACGGUGCGACUCUACGACACAGAAGCCAAGAAGAAUCUCUAUGAGAUGAACAUCGAUGAGACUCAUCCACGGUAAACCAGCUGCUUUCAUUUGUUUUUAGUCAAUCUAAACAUAUUUACCUCAUGUCAAAAUGGACCACAUGGUCCAGAAGUUGGACUGCUUUGUCCCAGAGGAGUGAAUUUAUUUUGAUAACUUUGUAUUUUGUGUGUCAGUAUUUUGUCGUUAGCCUGCAGCCCCAGCGGUUCGUCGUUCGUCUGCUCGGCUGCAGCUCUCAGCCGCUUGGAAGCGUCGAUUUGCUCCUCGGCUUCCCACCCGGUCUCCGGUCAGCUACUGCUGUGGGACACCAAGACCGUCAAACAGCAGCUCCAGUUCUCUCUAGAACCAGAACCAGUAGCCAUCAACUGCACCGCCUUCAACCACAACGGGAACCUGCUGGUGACGGGCGCCGCUGACGGCGUCAUCAGGCUGUUCGACAUGCAGCGCUACGAGAGCGCCAUGAGCUGGAGGGCUCAUGACGGAGAGGUGUACAGCGUGGACUUCAGCUACGACGAAAACACGGUUUUCAGCGUCGGGGAGGACAGGAAGUUGAUCCAGUGGAACAUCCACCGCUGCGGGGUGAAGCAGUCGGAGCAGGUUCUGCCUCAGGACGCCACCGGGCCCUUCGUCCUGUCGGGCUACAGCGGCUACAAACAGGUUCAGGUUCCCAGAGGAAGACUGUUUGCCUUCGACUCUGAGGGCCAACACGUCCUGACCUGCUCCAGCUCCGGGGGCCUCAUCUACCGACUGACCAAUGGGGAGCCGGCGCUGGAUCGGGUGCUGUCGCUGGGCGGACACAAAGCUCCGGUGGUGACGGUGGAUUGGUGCUCCGCGGUCGACUGCGGUACCUGCCUCACGGCCUCCAUGGACGGGAAGAUCAAACUCAGCACGCUCCUGGCACAAAAGUCGUGACCCUGAAGGCAUCGGGGUCAAAGGCCGACGUAAACGGAUCAGUGCAGUUAGUAAUGUUGUCUAACGUCUAUUUUUGUUUCAAUCAGCAUUAAAGUCUGACUUAAAGUUUC